UGCAAACUUCCGCAAAGAAGAAGAAGAAGAAGAAGAAGAAGAAGAAGUUGCUGCUUUGGGUACCUUGCUCUUCACAAGUUUUAGCUGUGUUCAAUUUGAAGAAAUAAUAUAUAUUUAUAACGCUUUUGGCCGCCGACACAGUUUUACUACUUGCCUUUUGCACAGUUUUUGUGUUUUUGACUCGGGCUGAGCCUCUUUAUUCAACGUCUUUGCGAUCUCGUCUGGCACAACACGAUGAUCACAAGGAGGAGAAGCCGUGCCAUGGAGGUGCCGUCGGUAGACGUUGAGGAGGUGGACGUAAUGGAAAAUGUUCACGAUCUCCCCAACCCUUCUGAUCCACUUGCUGCUGAUGACACCGAUCCUUCAGGAAUGGAGCUAGACGACCUGUUCGAAGAUUUAAAAUGGACUCUAGAAAAAGAUUCUUCCUCUCUACUCUUUGGCGUCGAUCUUGCCGAUCUAGAAGCACACAGCGACAUAAACCAAAACUCGGGGUUUGACGCUUCGUCCCGCUCGUCUCCAGACAUAACGUCUUCUGGCUCCAGGAUGAAAAACCGACAAAACCAGUCGAACCACGUCAUCAACAAAAACGCCAUCGCUGCCAGAUUGAACCGUCUCAAGAAGAAGGAGCACGUCAACACCCUGGAGAAGCAGGUUGGCGUUCUGUCAACGGAGAACGCCGUGCUCAAACAAGAGAACUGUCAGUUGACUAAACGGGUGGAAGAAUUGGAGGAUGAAACCAGGUAUCUGAGAGCUGUGCUGGCCAAUGAGAGCAUGUUAGCCCAGCUCUUGUCCAGACUGAGCGGUGUGAAUGGGAUGAAAUUAUCUUCCUCGCUUUUCCAGGGGCCUCGCUCCAACGAGCACGAUUAUGCGUUGCCCAGGAAGCGGGUGAAGGUGGAGGAGAAGGAGACGUCUGGCGGCGUGUGCCUGCAUGUAGACAAGAACCACGUCUCAGUGGAAUUCUGCCCAAAGUGUGCAGAGAGCGCGAGCACGUCGCUCAAAAUGUAGGGUCAAGUACUUCUGUUUUCUCAUAUUGAGACUAAACCGUAUGUGACUCUGUACUGAACCUUGUCAGGAUGGAUGAACACCGAGUUAAUUAGAGCUGCCUAGGAACCGCAGAAUGUGCAUGUGAUUUAUGUUUUUGGUGGGAUAAGUAAACGUUACUGCUAAACCUUGUUGACAGUUUCUUCUAGGUAAUGGUUGCUCCGCCAUGGGGGAUGAGUGGCUUUCUGAACUCCUUUUCCUGCUUGACGCCCUGUUCUGCUGAUGGGAGGUGACGAAGCUGGACACGCAGCUGCAACGUGGCCUGGUAUUUUUUUAAAGGUAGUAUCGGUAACAAAUGGUACAUGUAAUCCAAUUUUUACCCACAUUCUGCAUCACCUGUAGCUGUUGGUCGUAUCAGCAAAGCUCCUUCAGCAGCCGGAGCAAUUUGUAUAUUGUUUGUAUAUUGAAAUGUACAUUUAAAAAAAAAAAAAACUGAUCACAGUUAAUUUUUUAAAUCACAUCUAAUAAACUGUAAAUGUUUAAUUUUGAAUAUAUUUUCUUUUGAAGUAAAUGCUCUGAGAAAUGUUGGACAAAUAAAUCCCAUUCUGUGUGUGUGAAAUACUAAAUAUCUGCUGAGUCUUGUUGUGUACUGUUGAUAUUAAUGCAUCUCUUUUUUCUUUCUAAACAGCAAGCUCUGCCGAUAAAGGUCUUAACUUUUCCUGAACAUUGGGUCAAGUCUGGUAAUGGUUGUCAGAACAGAUGACAGUCCCCAUUGGAUGGAAUUAUAAAGCAUAGAAAGAUUCAUGUCAUUUAUCUGCCCAGCUACAGUGCAUCCAGAAGGUUUUCCCAGCACUUCACUUUUUCCACAUUUUAUGUUCCAGCCUUAUUAAAACAACCUUUCCUCAAAAUUUGAGACACAAACACCCCAUGAGGGCAGAAACGUGAGAAAAAGUUUGAGAUUUUUGCUAAAUUCGUAAAACUUGAAAACCAAGAAAUCAUAUUUACAUAAGUAUUUACAGUCUUCUUCCAUUGGCUGACGAUGGAGGCGGAGUUCAUCGGUCCUUCAGAGCACCAGGAGUGUUUCUGGAUCCUACUUCAGAUUUCUGCCUCAAGACCAUCCUGUCUCUGAGGUCUACAGACGAUUCCUUUGAUUUCAUGUUUGGUGUUUGCACUGUUCACCGUAGGACCAUAUAUAGACAGGUGUGUGCCUUUCCACAUCAGGUCCAAUCAUCUGAAUUUACCAUUUAAGUUGUAGAAACAUUUCAUGGAUGAUCAGUAAAAUCCCAAAACGCUUUUCCAUGUUGUCAUAAUUUGGUGUCUGUUUUUAGAAUUUUGAGGGAAGAUUAAUUUAAAGGUAGCGUAUAAUGUAAAAUACUUUUUUUUUUUAUAGCUUUACAUGUUAUGUUAUUCCCUCAUCAAAGACACUCCUUGGAGUGUAGCUUUGAAUUUGUCACACAUGUUUGAGAAAUUGUAAAAUCUCCCCCAACAUUUGGGUGUCCAGAUUACGAGUUUUUGUAAUCAUCUUACAUUCUCAUCAAUGAAGGCAAACCAUUUCAGCUUGCUGAGAAAAAAAGGCAUGAUUUGCUUCACUUGGUUCAGUCAGUUAACUUAUUGUGGACAUAAUGGAAUAAUGAAAUAAGUAAAAAAGGUGCUACAUAUUUCCAUAAAGCUUCCACCUGACGGAGCACCCCUCACCUGCAGUUCCCCCACCUGGCUCCUUCACCUGCUGAGCUCACAAGAACUACUUAGUCCAACACUUUUAGGAGCGGUUGUACAUGGCAGCAUGGAGGAACAGUUUUGUGGUGAUGUGCUGGAAAGAAGAGGAGCUUCUUAAAGAAAUGAGCCAAUUUUAAAGUGUCAAAUUUAUUUAAUGUUUCACAUGUACAGCAGUUUUAUAACUGAAGUUAUAGUUAUCAGUGCUGUUUUAUAGCACAAUGUGCUUGGAAAUGACAUAAUAGCACCCUGGCAAUGUGGAAAAAGUGAAGAACUGUAAAUAUUUCUGAAUGUACUGUAUUUUAGCUCAUUCAGCUGCAAGUGCUUUAGUAUUCAUAUUGUUUCCGGGGAGAGUGGAGCAGAAAAAUAAUCAGUUACUGCCACCUAUUGGUAUAUUGGUUACACUUCAGAUGUUCCCUGUUGUGUUUAAAGCAUUCAGUGAUUUGACAAAUCCCCUGGUCUAUGCUCCCACCUCAGUGACUGUUAAUGCAAGGCAAGUACAUGAGUUUUUGACAUUCAGCAACAUUGUACUUUACAUUAUGGAGGCAUAAAACCUUAUAUUGUAGGAGUAAAUAAAAGAAAGUAAUAAAAAGUUGUAAUACAGACUAAAAUUACAGAUGAUACACUUUUUUUUAUUGAUCAAAAGCAACUAAACAGGUGGGGUUUUAGCCUUCAUUUAGGGAACUCAGUGUUUCAGCAUCUUUGCAGUUUUCUGGGACAUUUCUAGAUUAGAGCAUAAAAACUGAAUGCUGCUUCUCAGUGUUUUGUUCCCAUUCUGGGAGGUAAAGACUGAUUAGUUCACUUCCAUUAUGGGUGAGGAUAUUUUUAUUGGGGUUUGGUGGAAUUUAGCAUAUAUUAAACUUAAGAUGCUUUCAUUUAGUCAGGCCAAUAUUUGGCACAAAUGAAUACAUUUAGUCAGUUUAGUUAACGUCAUUGUUCCAGACAAUCUGGAGCAAGACUCAAUCAUUUUACAAUCUCACUAAUGAAGGCAAACCAUUUCAGCUUACUGAGAAGAAAAACAUGAUUUUUGCUUCACUUGGCUCCGUCAGUUAACCUAUUGAGUAAAAAAAUGGGCUUUUGUUUUGUACAAAGUACUGCCCUCGAUUGGUGUUGCUUGUUCAAUGCUUCAGACACGUGAAGUAUUGACAAUUUGUAUGGUAUGUCCGUAUUGUGAAACUGAUUGAAGUCUUGUUUUUACACAGUGCAGGUACUGAAUCUUAGCUCAGCAUAAUAAAGGUUGUCAGAUGCGACUACAUCUGCCAGACGUGUAGACAUAGUCGCAGGCGGACCGUGGUCUGACCAGAAGGUGGACCUGGUCAGACCAGGAGGUGGACCUGGUCAGAAUGGACAAGACCAGCAUAUGGUGCCUCUGGAUGUGAGGUUUAAAUAAGGCUUCUUUUCCAUAGUGGUUAGAACUUUGUCAAAUCUGACAGAGUUUCUCAAUGAGGAAUGAGAACACAUAAAUCAUUUUUCAUUAACUCCUUCCAAUGAAAUAAAAUCAUUCUAUGAAUCACAUUGAAGAUUUACAUAUUCCUGUGGUUUUAACGUUAUCAGAUUUGGACAUAUCACACUUAUGUUUUAAAUCAGACCUAUUUUAAUGUGUUUGAUAACUUGAGUAAACACAAAAUGUAGUGAUCAAAUUUGAUUUAUUAUAAAAUGUUUUCCAAACUAACUUGGUCCUGUUUAAAUUUAUGACAGCAAUUAGCCACAUUUUUGAUUCGACUUUAGUGCUUGACCGCUUGAAUCACAAAGGUAACUCAUCUGACAACAUGAAGGUGGUUAAAAAUUUCCAAAAGCAACACAUGGGCUAAAGAAAUUAUGCUCUGCAUAAAGUUAUAAACAUAUUUCUAAAGCUAUCCACAAAUGAAGAAAACAUGGAACAGUGGUAAACCUUUCCAGGAGCGGCCGGCCUACCAGAGCGCACAAUCGACUAACAACUAAACCAAUCACUGCAGGUCUCAGUUAAAGUCAGUGUUCAUGACUCAGCAAUAAGAAAGCGACUGAGCAAAUAUCUAUGGAGACAUUCAAAGCCAAGGCCACUGCUGACCAAACGGAAUGACAAGGAACAUCUCACCUCCAAAAAAACAUCCCAACACUUUGGCUAAGUCUUCCAUGGAUUCAUGAAGAUUGUUACAUCUAGAGUAAAACUUUAAGACAUUCAGAAACAAACGCCAUAACAGUCGAACACGAGAUCUUCAGGAACUUGUUUUCAUUGCUUUUUGUCUGACCUUUCCUCCUGAAGUUGAAUAUCUGGCCAUCAGUCUAUGACCUUAAACUUAGCAGCCUGAUGAUCUAAAGCAAACCAGCGAGUUCACCUCGAAAAGGCUCAGAAAAAAGCUAAUUGAAGAUUUUGCAGAUGUCUAGUUAAAGUUGGGACUCAAAUCUUGCAAAAUCCUAUAAAUUAGACGAACUGAAACAAGAACGCAGAGGAAAGACCCAAACUUUCUCCACAAAGACGUAAAAGAUUCCCUGCCGCAUACCGCAAACACUUGAUGGGAGUUUUUGCUGCAAAGUGGCAAAAGCUGUUGUUCGGUUCAGGAGCAAUACGUUUUCCACAAUGAGUCACAUCAUUUUGAAUAUACUCAAAAAAUCAUUUGACGGUGCUUUUUGUAUUUACUCAGAUUAUCUUUGCCGGGUAUUAACAUUUGUUUGAAUUUAAGAAACAUUUACGUGAGACUUGGAAGCAAAAUCAGAAGAAAUCACUAAGGAAGCAAUAAGUUUUUCACAGUGCUGCAUCUUCCCAGGCUAACAAAACAAUCUGAAUCUUUACAGCAGGCGACCAAAAGCAAGAAUAUAUUUAAAAAAUAUAUAUUAUUCAGGUGUUUUUGGUUCUGGGGAAGGAGUCACUGUGUUACCUGAACAAACAACACAAGACCAAACAGAGUUUGUCAAAGUUAUUAUUGUAGAAUACUUUGAUGGAUUUUUUUUUCUUUCAUACAGACAAAAGGUGUUGGAUUUAUUUCCCAGUAAAUUCUCUUAGAUUUCAAUACAGAUUUAGUCUACAGUAUACAGGUGUGUUCUUUCUCAUAUAUAGAUAUUUAUUCGCUUAAAUAACAGGCAGGUAACUCUUUAAUAUAUUCAAUAGUCUUUAGAUUUUUUUUGUUUUGCUUUUGCUCUUGUUUUUUUUUUUUUUUGGUAUAUUUUUUUGCAACUUUUUUUUUGCUCUUUAAAUGUCAUUUCAGCACAGUUAAGGCUGUGUUUUCUGUCUGCCGAACGGCACUGCCGUUGUGCAAGAAGUGUGUGUGUGUGUGGGGGGGGGGACCGUUCUACACAGAAUAUUUACAGCAAUAUGUAUAAUGAAUAAUGUAAAACCUGAACUCUGACCCCCGUGUACCAUGGCAGUAAGCACUGGUGGCAGAUCUAAGAGAGCAGCCUAAACAAUGCGAGGACGCAGAGCACUUCUGCAGACUCUAGCUCUGCAUGGCGCCUCCUGUUCCUCUGCACGGACCCCCCCUACCCCCUCUAUAACCCGCCCCCCCGCCAAGUUUUUGUCAGAUCCCUCAGGUCGUAAUGAGGUGCAUUUCUGUCUCCAGUUCUCUUAUUUACAGAGUCGGUGUCUUAAAAGACCUGAAGUUCCUCUGCGCACCUCAGGGAGCUGUUCAGUGGACAGAAAACACAGCCCUCAGAAUCUGCUCAGGAGAAUGUGCAGCUGUCUUUGUCCAUCAGUGGGAGCACCGGUGGAGAAAAAUUAAUAAUAAUAAUAAUAUAAUACAAGCGCUUCCAUGUUGUUGUACCUCUCUUUACGAAAAAGCAAUAGGAUUUUGAGAAGAAAGAAACUUAACUU